AUGGAUGCUCAUCCGCUGCUGAAAUUGCAGAGCGAAGAUGAUUUCAUCGAUGCUGAUACGGCAUUGGGCUUGAAAGACAGCAUCUGGAGUACAUCCAAUUUCUAUGAUCAAAACGGCUCUGGACAAAGCUCAGGUAUGAGCACGAAUUUUUCACAAUCUCAUACUCGCACGUAUGCUGCUCGAGUUGAUAAUCCGCCCACUGCUGACCCAACCUCUGCAGAUGCGCGUUCACUGCUGCAGCCCGCGGAGAUGAAGUCGAGCUCAAAUCCAAAGCGCAAGAUGAAGUGUACCUAUGGACCAUGCCAACGCUACGGCCACGAUGAAAGCCAAUGUUGGUCUAAGUAUCCUCAUCUCAGCCGGCUGAAAUGCACCUACAAACCUUGCCAACGCCAAGGCCACGAUGAAGACAGCUGCUGGUACAAAAUUCCGCAUCUUGCAACGACCUUUGAGAGCUUACUCAAGAUAAACAAAAGCAAGGGUGUUAUCUACAAGCACAGAGCCGAACACGCAAAGAUCAGAGCGGAAACCUUUACCUACCACUUGGAGACCGUGGAGCGUGCGAGAUUGAAAGUAGAGCGCCUGGAAAUAAGAGAAGUAGCUUUUGCUAGCCCCUUCAAGUCAUCAUCACCUCCUACGAAAUCCAGGGUGGCCCUUCGAAUGGCCUUCGAGAUAGACUGCGAAGACGAGCUGCCAUCGCUUGAGACCAACAGCAAGGCCCUGGAGGCUACGGCUGCAAACGUGUUUUAUGAUCUCCGGAAAACGAUUUUCGGGGUCAAGGGUGUUGCAAAGCACUUCGAAAAGAUAUAUCGAACCGUCAAGGGUGCACUCGCCGAGUCAAGCAAUGAGGGAAAAGGAAGAGCCGUGUUAGUUGCAUUUCAAGGAACCAGCGGAUCACGAGCGAAUGUCGUUUUUGCAGACGAGCUGUGGCUUAGACUGGGGCGGGAUGGAUACGGGACCCACAUCUACCACCGGGGGCUCGCCCGCUAUUUAAAUCGCUGGUACUGGAAUGUCGAUAACACUCGCGAGGUUAAGCGGGCAGCUGCUAAUCUGGAUCGACUGAACUGGAAGAAGGCCAAGCGUGAGAAAUCUAAAGGAGAGAAAGCCAGGACGGAAACAGUCAAGUCAGGAAAAGUCAAGCCAUCGAAAGCCAAGACUAAGAAACCCAAAGCCAAGGCGGAGGAACCCAAAGCCAAGGUGGAGGAACCCAAAGCCAAGGCGGAGAGGGCCUGUUGGGAGAAGGCCAACUGGGAGAAUGCUAAACAGAUAGCCAUUGAUUGGGGGACUGUCGAACCGAAAGACGCCGACCCGAAGGACACUAAGCCGGCCUCAGGUUUAGAGGAGGUCGAUUCGGAUUGGGAGAGCUUUACAGAAAAGGCGAGAUGGGUCAAGCUCACCACGCGGGCUAAGAGUAAGUCUAGUAGGGAUGAUCAGAAUAGUUGAAAGCACCGUAACGAAGACUUCGAUGGCACGGGAGGAAGUUCCCUUUGAAUCACUCGCGAUGAGCUAAUGUAGAGUCCUCGGCCCACGUUGCUUGUCCCUCGUCUCAUACCACCAGCAUGGCAUCGAGUGAUUUUUCCAAUGUCAACGAACGAGCUAAGCAAAAUCAAGAGCAUAGAUUCACGUGGGAUUAAGAGCAUGGGUUCUGGACUUGGGGCCAAUAGGGACGCGUUCUUUACUUUCCGCGGUAUGCGAAGACAUCGCAGCACAACUAACGCCCCGGAGGAGAUGACGACUUUACAUACAAACGAUUGAGGCUGCCUGGAUCUACUUUGUCGGGGAUAGUCGUAUCAAAGCCCCUACCACUACCAC